AUGGCUAAAUAUAAACAACGAGGAAUUCAUAAGAAGUUAGUCAUUGUAGGUGAUGGUGCCUGUGGUAAGACUUGUUUAUUAACUGUAUUCGCUAAAGGAAUUUUCCCUGUAGAAUAUAUUCCCACUGUAUUCGAAAGUUAUGUUGCUGAAGUACAUGUUGACGGUUCCACGGUAGAAUUGGCAUUAUGGGACACAGUCGCUCAAGAAGAAUAUGACAAAUUAAGGCCAUUAUCGUAUGUCCAUGUUGAUGUUCUAUUGAUAUGCUUCGCAGUUGAUUCUCCCGAUUCUCUAGAAAAUGUACAAGAAAAAUGGAUUACUGAAAUUGAAUAUCAUUGUGAAAACAUUCCCAUUCUCUUGAUUGCAUGUAAAACAGAUUUAAGGUUUGACCCGAAGACCAUCGAGCAAUUGAAAGUUUAUCAAAAGGAACCUGUAAGUAGUAAUGAAGGACAGAGAGUUGCUGAAAUCAUUGGUGCUGUCAAAUAUAUGGAAUGUUCUGCGAAAACGGGGAAAGGUGUUAAAAAAGUUUUCAAAGAGGCAUCGAGAGCUUCUUGUACAAACGAAGAAAGAACGAGGUAUACGAAAAAAUGUGUUUUAUUGUAA